AUGGACAACCAGGGCCGUUGGUUCGAACAAGACCAGGUGUUCUCGACGCCCUCUCCAGCUCCCUAUACUCCUCGGCUUCCCUUGCCCAGCCCCCACCUCAGCUUGGACCGGCAUGCACGUCUGGAGUUUGAGCUCAAAACUGAACGAACCUUACGCUACGAGCUCGUCCAAGGUCUAUCCAUCAAGCUUGGUGGUGCGGCACCAUCUGCUCUGCAAGUCCCUCAACCACCACUGCGAAAAGCCGACCAUCUCAAAGUCAAAUUCUGGUACAAGCACGAAUGGCACGCGUACGACAAGGCCCGCCGAGCCCAGACAACCAUCACAGAUCCAGCCAAGGAUCUCACCACCGAGCAGCCUUUCUCUGACCACGAAGACAACGACCUAGAAGGUAACGACAAUGAUGGCGACGACGAAGACCUUGAAGAUCUGGAGAAGAGUGACGGGGCACAGGACGGCACGACAAACUACGAUGCGGCCAAGGGAGACAAGACGAACGGCCCUCAGCCUGGCAAGCGUGGCCCCGCACGCGCAGCCCAGGGCCACAACGACACAUUCCACUUCGUUGAGGAUGUCAACGGGAAACCUAAAGCUCCCUACGGUGACGGUGAGCAGUCCCCGCACUCCACCACUCGCAAGAGGCGCCACUCGAAGGAGCCCUCGAACAGCUCACGCAAGAACAAGAAGGCUCGGAAACAGGCUCUCGAGUUGACGGUGCCGCUGCCCGGCGUGCCCAUCGCUCACCCCAUCGUCACCUGCAGCUGGGAGCACAGAGGUUCCGACUUCAUCUCAAUGUGCGACGGCGUCCACGGUCACGACCCUUCGGCCUCCCACGUCUGCGGAAGCCAUGCCUGCGGAAGCCGUGUCUGCGACUGUGGCACCCAGGACCACGACUGCGACGUCCGCAGCAGCGUCACCCUCUGGGACAACAGCGUCCAUGAGUACGGCUCCCGAGACGACACCAACCAAGAUUGCCGAGUCAGCAAUGUCGGCGACUACGGCGACGCUCUCCAAGACGUCCAUGUCCCCAGCCCAGGUUGCCGUCGCAGCUGCUCCACGGACACGGAGCGCAUUCCCAAGCCGAAACCCAGGAAAGGGGCGGUCUUCGCUGUCAAGAAGGACUGCUUCACCGCACGAAACCUCUGCGGCAUUGACUGGCUCAACGACCACCCUGGAGGCCUCUCUAAGGAUUUCAAUGGCUACUGGCAGGAGGUGCAGAAAAUGCCCGAUCUUCUCAAGAAGUACGAGGACAAACGCAAGGCCUGCCUGGAGGCCGCGAAGGCCGCGUAA